AUGGCAUCGGCCCCCUCCGAUGAGGAUGCAGAGGAGGGUGCCUUCACCAUCCCAGAGUACUUGUUUGCAGCUCUAGCAGCCGAAGAACGGCUGAAACCGUAUCUUGCCGACGUUGCCAAGGAUGGCAUUCUCGCGGAGCUGCAGCUCCUCAUAGAGGAAGCGGGUGAAGAAGCCUGCACACAGUGGUCCGACGGUGCAAACAUCGUGAGUGACGGCACGAUCGCCGGGCUCGUGAAUCUGGUCGUUACAUUGACUGAGGACUCAAAUGCCAGCGCGGCAGAUGUCCUCAAGGAGGCCGUGUCAUCGCUCCGCACGGACCUGCUGGAGGACGAAUGCAUUCAGCAGCUUCUUUCAGAAAUUCAGGGUGUCCAAGCAGGUGGCCUUACACCAAACUCUGUCGUUGGUGACGGUGUGAGUGGGGACGAGGUCGUCACGGACAGGUUGGAGUUGCUUGUGAUGGAUGCAGAGCAGGCCGCAGAACUGCAAGAUGCGUGGGGCAUGUACAUGGAGUCCUUCAGCUCGCGUGACAUUGCCUGCGACACGCUUUUUGCUGCCUUCUAUGAUGCCGCUCCAUCGCUUCAUUAUUUGUUCAAGACCUCACGCGCGGUUAUGUCGGGCAGGUUCGCUGGAGGCAUUGAGAGCAUUGUGAUGGCCCUGCCGAAUGGCAAGGAAGUCAAAUCCCUGAUAGAACUUCUAGGUUUCAAGCACCUCGAACUUGAGGUGACGACGCCGCGAAUAGCGGUAGUUAGAGAAGCCAUGUUGGAAGCCUUCACUGCAGAGCUGGGCGAUCGCUUCACGACCCUUGCUUAUGAAGGCUUGCGUAAGACAUUGAAUUAUGCUGGUGGUGGAUGCAUCUAUCUUCGUGAAACAUUCGCGGAAAGGUUGCAAAUUCUGGCCUCGAGCUGGAGAACCGCCAGUGCGAAUGGGCAAGUCCAGGAUGACGAUUGGGAUGAGGAUAUUGCGCAAGCAGACUCUGCGCGGGAAUCUGGUUCCCAAACGGCGUCGCAGACGGAGUCUCACACAGUAUCACAGGACAAAGCAUCCCAGUCGAUGGCGGAGGUCCAGCCUCCUGCAGAGGAGGAAGCCAAGAACGAGAUCCCAAACAAGAUCAGCAUGCAGGGUGUCCCGACGAGCUUCGACGACAUGUUCCGCUUCAAUGCCGCUGUCAUGGGCAUGGCUGACAGAGAGUGGAUGUAUGAGGUUUUGGACUGCUUUGAUGCCAUCGUACGGAAUGUCGCAAACUCUUUCCGACUACAGGAAGAAUGCGACGUACUUUCCUUGCGCUUUGCCAAGCUGCCAGGCGUCGUCAUCCUUGCGGAGUUCAAAGCCGUUAUGCUGGCUUCCUUGCGAUCCCUGGUGCCACAGGACUGGGACACUAAGCACGAGGAAGCUUGGGACUGGCUUUGGAGCAAUGUGGAGAAGAUUCUGGGCAAAGAGCUGGGCAAAGCAGCUGAGAGGGAACGCAGAGUAUCCCGGUACGUGGGAUCGAUUGAAGAUGAAACGAAGAUCGUACUGAGCCGCAAAAUCUAUGCAAAGUUCUUUGCGGUGGCUCCAGAGGGGCAGAACUACUUCAAGCAAUCCUCAACAAGGCUACAGUUCAUCAUUGACAGAGUCGUUGAGAUGACCCUGUCCAUGUACGAGUUUCCUUGCCGAAUGGUGGAUGAAAUUUCAGCGCUUGGGUUGCGCCACGUCGGCUACGGCAUCCCAACAGAGUUUUUCAACCCCUUUGUACAGUGCUGUGUGGAAGUCAUGCGUGAAGUUACAAAUGAUGAGAAGUUAUGCGAUGGCUUUGGCUGGUCACUGGGGCUGAUCUCUCGGGUCCUGGUGCGAACCAUCAACGAGGGCUCCACGUUGGUGAUGAAGGCCAUCAACCUCAACUCGGCCAACAUGGUCAAGAAGGCGUUGACGCCUGUUCCCAGGGCUAAGCGUGCCAUGUGCAUGCUGAAGAUUACGGUCGGCACCCAAUCAAUUUCACCUCUGCUUUGGGCGAUAUCUAGCGGCAAUCUGGAGGCGGCACAUGAGAUGUUAGAAGACUUGCUAACGAUCCGUGCAGAUCGCGACCGAUACUAUUUCGGUAAUGAUGACCUGUUCUCCCGGCAUCCAGAUAUCGUACAGGUUCUCACCAAAGAGGCCCCGACUUUGCUAGAGAUCUUGCUCGACAAACUGGUCUGGCGAUCGCGAGUGGUGGUUGGAGGGCAAAGACGCGUGAACUUUUUCAUCAAGCACUUGCUGGUAGAUGCAGACGGACAGUUUGCCGGUGCAACCCAAUGGAUCUGCCAGAUGCAAGAUCCGGUAAUUGUGGUGCACUGCGUUCUCGAAACGUUGACGGAUCUGGUUUGGACCAAUGUGAUAUAUGGGCCAUUCCUGCGGAGCAAAGUCUGGCUGUUGUUUACACUGCUGGUGUUCCUCAUGAGCCAGUCGAUCUUAAAGACCUGGCACGCAGAGGAUGAGGCAACACAGGGCACACUGCGUAUUGCGACUGCGGUAUGUCGAGCUUUCGUUUAUUUUGCCAGCAUGCUGGAGCUGAUCUACUCCCGCACGAGAAUAACCUGCAAAUCGAUCAGAGAUGGGGACAUCGUCCGCCGAUGCCAGAUCCCUGUGCCCUCUAAGGUGAUCACAGACUGGCAAGAAUCUAUGAGCUGGCUUCUGACCUUGAUUCUUAUUGCCAUGUUCAUGGUUGAGCCGAUACUGAAGGAGAGCAGAUUAAAGUACACCAAUUCGCUAAAACCCGCUUCGAGCCUCAUGGCCGAGAUCGAGGCCGCGAGAAGUGACGGCGUCAAUGGAGCGGAAGACGACGUUUACUUCGUGUCUGUAUCCUACAGAGGAACCGCUUAUGAGGUACCCGUGCAAGGUGACGACCAACUUGCUUCUAUAUUCGACUUUGUCCAGGAAGCAUUGGACUUUCCCAGAGAGAACUGCAAGUUGAUCUUUCGCGGAAAAGUCCUGAGACCCGACAACGACACCCAGACAGUGGCGGAAGCUGGUCUUGCGGCGGGAUGCAAGGUUAUGUUAGUGGCGAGCUCUGCCAAGGAUGUCUCGUUCGUGCAGUCUUCCCGGGCUGACCCUCUGGUGAAAGGCUUUGCCGAGGAGGAAAGAGACGAGCAAAGCCGACGCAAGCGGGCGCGAGCUGCUCUCUCUGCCUGGGGCACGAAGCAAGACUCGGAGUUCAAUUUUGGCUCGAUAAAGGCUGAGUUCAAGUACUCGGAGCCCCCUCCGUAUGAGGCGGAGCGCUUGCUGCAAAAAUUGUCCACCGAUCCUGGCAUCAUCGAGAUCAUGAAGACCAGAAAGUUCAAGGUUGGUGUUCUGACAGAGAUGAGCCCAGUAGAAGCUCAAGAGCGUAUGGCCAAGCGCGGCACACCGAACAUGGAUUUGCUCGGCUACAACCAAAACUACGGCGGCAUGAUUGUACUUCGGCUGCGGACGGACACCCUGAAGGGGUUUCGGCCCUACCAUGAUCUCAUCAAUACAUUAAUCCAUGAGCUGACACACAAUGUUUGGGGUCCGCAUGACAACAAUUUCUGGAAACUGUUCGGCGAACUAAAGGCCCAGUACAUGCGCUUCCAUCGCUUUUGGAGUCAUGGCGGGAGGGCGGCUGACAGCAAUGCUGCUGGCCAGUUCCAGGGUUUCGAGGGUGAUGAAAAUGCCGGGAAGGAGGGAAGCUUCGGACGUGUACUUGGAAGCAGCCUCGAGGCGGCUCAGACAGAUUCGGACCGAAGGUCCAGAGCAUUGGCCGCGGCCGAAGCUCGUAUGGGCCAGACGGAACCAGAGCUUCCCGGGGAGGUGGAAGACCCGGAAGAGACUGUGAAGCCCUGGGUGCCGAACUUCCUCGCAUCGAACGGGCAAUGGAUGUUUGCCUGUCCCUGUGGGGAAACCCACACUGUGUCCACAGAGGAGAAGGAUGCGCUUAUCAAUGCAUUGGUGGAGGGCGCAACCACAUGUCUUUUUGGAGCUGCCUCGUCCUCGUCAGGCCCCGUUGAGAUGGAGCAGGAUCCUCAGCACGACGGUGGCAACAUGGAGCAGUUUGGACCAACUGCCGGCGAUCUUCCAACAACGGCCGCAGACAGGGAGAUGGAGCCCCAAGCAGCACAGCGGAGAGAGGAGAUCGAACCCUCGGCAGCGAAUCCGCCUCCGCAGGCAGUUUCUGAGGCUGAGGUUUCGGCUCAGACCCCAGCUGCCGCAGCCGAGGAUCUUCCUCCACUGGACCUCUCCGAGUUGGAGCUGCAGGGCUUGGACGGCGCUGCUGUAUGGCUGAAGCGCUUCUCCGAGAAGCUGUCUGGACUAGCUGCCGAACAGGCGACCAAGGCAGCUGCCGUGGAGCUUCUGCUGAAACUGGUGAGAAAUGUCGUGAAAAGCCCAGAUGAGCAGAAGUUCCGAAGAAUCCGGACUGAGAAUCCCGCAAUCCGUUCCAGGCUGAUAACUGCUGGUGGGGAGAGAGCCGAAGCUUUGAUGACAAUGCUUGGCUUUGAGCCGAUGACGGAGUCAAAUGGCGAGCGAGUGUUCGUCCUGCGGGAUGCGUCGUUUGACUAUGCCCGUCUUCGAAUGGGUCAGGAGCUUCUAGAGGCCGAGUUGGACAAGAUGACCGUGACGACGGCGUAG